ACUGGGCUACCCGUGAGUUCGGAUCAGAGCGUGAUGUGCGUUUGCGUGAGAGUGCGAACUUAAGCUCCCACCGGCCUACUAGGUGUGCUUGAGCGCGCGCAUUAAUGGGCGUCCACAUGCCCGGCGCUGUGAGCUUAAGUGGGCACGCACGGCGCAUGUGGGUCUGCGUCUGCGUGAUUUACUGGCUCUUCGUGUGCACGGUGAACGUACGAGUGUGCUGUGUGGGCGCUAGCACCCGCGUGUGUGCGUGCAAGACGAAUGAGUGAGCCGGGCUGCUGUUCUGGGAACCUGUGGGGUUGUGCACUCGCCCAGGUCCGGCCUGCCUGCGACGCCGGACACAAAGUGACCUCGACCAGUCCUGAGCUUUCGUUUUCCGCCCGCGCUCGGCCCGGGGCAGCUGGCCGCCCGCUCGCGCACUGCUGGGCGAGUCCGAAAACUCCCGGGCGCGGCGCAGUCCUUCCCGGGGCGGGGAGAGUUAGGUAGGCGGUCCCUCGCGGGAACUUACGCCGUCCCGCCGCGGGGUCUCGGAGCCAAGCCCGCUCUGCCCGCGAUGGUCGCGACCCGGAGGCCUCUACUGCUCCAGCAGUUGCCAUUUGCCCCCGGGCUGUGCGGGUCGGGGAAGGCCUGGGGCCCCGGGCUGGUUUCCCGCGGCGCCGCCCGAGCCUAGAAGGCGGGGGCCUGCCCGCAACGGGGCCGAGCGGCGGGCGGAGGGCACAGUAACACUUGCUCGCCAGGUUGGUGGAGGCGGGGCGGUUCCGCGGGCGGCUGCGGGGCGGUGGAGGUGGGGCCUUUAAGCGCCCACCGCCGCGGGGCCGGAGGAGGCAGCGAGGGGAGGGACUCCUGGGGGGUCUUACUCGGCCCGCGUGACACCGCGGAGCGGAGACGCAGUGAAAGCGGCCUGGGAGGGAGUCGGUGGAGCCGAGCGCCGCGGGCGGCGGGGACAGAGCGCCGCUCCCGGCCGGGGCGCACGCCCGCAGGCCCUGGAGGUGGUGCCUCCCCCGAAAGCCGGGGGGAGCUUCCUCGCCGCCUCCGCCCGGCGGCCCUCGGCCUCCGCUCGGCUCCUUCCCCUGUGGGAGGGCGAGAGAGAAAGAGGGAGGAGAGAGGAGUGGGGGAGGAGGGAGCCGAGGGAGAGGGGCUCUGAGCCAACCGCGGCGGAUCCAGCAGCUCCUCCGGGAGGGCGGGCGGGCGGGGGCGGGCGCGCCAGGCGCGCUCGGGAGAAGUGGCCGCCGAUGACGGCAGAGGUGCAGCCAGCCCCGCGCGCGCAGCCCCCUCCCCCCCCGCCCUCCUCCCCCUCCUCCUCUUCCUCCUCCUCCUCCUCCUCCUCCUCCCGGCUCCUCGGCGGCGCAGAGCAGCGGCGGCAGCGGCGGCGGCGGCAGCAGCCACCCGAUGUCUUCGGCGCCCGAGAAGCAGCAGCCACCGCACGGCGGCGGCGGCGGCGGCGCGGGCGGCGGCGCGGCCAUGGACCCCGCGUUGUCCGGCCCGUCCAAAGCCAAGAAGACGAACGCCGGCAUCCGGCGCCCGGAGAAGCCGCCCUACUCGUACAUCGCGCUCAUCGUCAUGGCCAUCCAGAGCUCGCCCACCAAGCGCCUGACGCUCAGCGAGAUCUACCAGUUCCUGCAGAGCCGCUUCCCUUUCUUCCGCGGCUCCUACCAGGGCUGGAAGAACUCCGUGCGCCACAACCUCUCGCUCAACGAGUGCUUCAUCAAGCUGCCCAAGGGCCUCGGGCGGCCGGGCAAGGGCCACUACUGGACCAUCGACCCGGCCAGCGAGUUCAUGUUCGAGGAGGGCUCCUUUCGGCGGCGGCCGCGCGGCUUCCGAAGGAAGUGCCAGGCGCUGAAGCCCAUGUACAGCAUGAUGAACGGGCUGGGCUUCAACCACCUCCCGGACACCUAUGGCUUCCAGGGCUCCACCGGCGGCCUCUCGUGUCCGCCCAACAGCCUGGCGCUGGAGGGCGGCCUGGGCAUGAUGAACGGCCACUUGCCGGGCAACGUGGACGGCAUGGCUCUGCCCAGUCACUCGGUGCCUCACCUGCCCUCCAACGGCGGCCACUCGUACAUGGGCAGCUGUGGCGGCGCGGCCGCUGGCGAGUACCCGCACCACGAGAGCUCGGUGCCGGCCUCCCCACUGUUGCCCGCCACCGCCAGCGGGGUCAUGGAGCCACACGCCGUCUACUCGGGUUCUGCCGCUGCCUGGCCGCCCUCGGCCUCCGCGGCGCUCAACAGCGGAGCCUCCUACAUCAAGCAGCAGCCCUUGUCCCCCUGCAACCCCGCGGCCACCCCGUUAUCCGGCAGCCUCUCCACGCACUCCCUGGACCAGCCAUAUCUGCACCAGAACAGUCACAACGCCCCGGCCGAGCUGCAAGGCAUCCCGCGGUAUCAUUCCCAGUCGCCCAGCAUGUGUGACCGAAAGGAGUUCGUCUUCUCUUUCAACGCCAUGGCGUCCUCGUCCAUGCACUCAGCCAGCGGAGGCUCCUACUACCACCAGCAGGUCACCUACCAAGACAUCAAGCCCUGCGUGAUGUGAGGCUGCGGCCCACCGGGCGCUCCGGGCCGGGCUGGCGGGCCCAGGGACCUCGGAGCCCACCGCAAGGAACUGCUUUAUUCUCGAGGUAUAACUUCGGCAGAAAAACGGGGUUGGCCCCUCCCCAACCGGAUUAUUUGGAAAGAAGUCCCCAAUGCCGGCGGGCGCCUGCUGCUGUCGCCGUCAGCGGCUCCUGCCCCUCGCUCUCGGCGGGGUUUCGAAGGCCAUCCCGGGCCUGCUGGGACUGCGGCGGCGGCCAGCCGGGCGCGGUCUGUCCUGCGAAGGCGCUGCGCUGCCGAGGGCGCCCGACACCCAGAGUUCUGCUGAGGUCCCCGCCCGGCCCCGCGGGGCGGACUUUGAGGUGAAAGGCAGACGUGAGACCAGGCAUUAUCAAAUACUUUUAUUUUUUGGUUGAGUAUUUAUCUUUUUAUUUUUAACUUCUUUGAAAGAAUGUCUUGGAAUGCAGGUCUCCCUCCAGAGCCGCUAGCGUGGGGAGGCAGGGGACAGGACGCCUUCUGCCUCCCCACCCAGAAGUCUCCUCCAGCGACCGCAGGUGGAUCUGGGCGCCAGUACCUUGCGUCGCCGAGGCCACUGUUCGUCUUCAAGAGAAAACAGGAGCCAAGAAGCAAGCGGCAGCCCGGCCUCUGCGGGCCCUUCCACGACCUCUUCCUUCUCGCCAUUCUGUUUUGUUUUGAAUUUCAUUUUUACCUUUUCGGUGGGUAUUUUCUCUCUCCCGAGCUCUACUGUAAACUUUCUGGUCCGAGAGCGAGGUUAACACCGCGACCGAGGCCCGGGAGGGAGGCCGGCCGCGCUCUCCGCACUGCGGUGACGCAGAAAGGUUAAGGCACUUUGAAGCUCCAGCCAGGCUCAAGCUGUUAUUUAUUCUCCUCUCGCCCCAGCACUCCACACGCCGCCGGGCUCCUCCGUUUAUCAGUAUUAAUGGUGUAACUUUGUUGGCAAUAUUUGCCGUGUAGAUUUUUUUUUUUUUAGAUAUCCAUUGUAAAUUUGAAACAAAGACCGAUCCAUGUAAAAACAAAUUUCCAUAUGUUUUAUAUAAAUAUAUAUAAUAUGAAGGACUGUCCCCCUUUUUAGUAUUUGGGCUGCUGGUCUGCAGCAUGUGACACGUAUUUUAAAUUUACUUCUGCACUGUAUAAAACAACAAUUUGAGGAUGUUUUUGCCUUUUGUGUAUUUUUUCCUAAAAAAAGAACAAAAAUAAAAAUGUAUAACAUUUGUAUAUGGCCUUUAAAAUUGUAUCAACUAGAAAUAAAAUCACAUGGAUAUUUUAUUGGGAUUGGGAUUACAGAAUAUCUUCCGUGUCCCAAACGUUGGAAGGUUUUGGAUCUCUAGACCUUGCAAAAUUUAAAAUCUGGGUAAUUCAGAAUACUUUUUUCCUUUUGUUUUUCUUUUUUUCUUUUCCUUUUUCUUUCUUUUCACCAGUCCUCGCUUACUUUCACAUUGCAGUAAAAUGUGAACGAGGGUGACUAUUUUUCUGGGCUUCUGUUUUUAAAGAAGAA